GUUUGUAUUAUUUUUGAAAUAAAAAAACAUUAAGAAGCAAGUCAAAAAUUUAAAAAAAAAAAAUGGAAUAUAUUAAAUCAGGCCAACGUGUUUUAUUAUUAUGGAAAGAAAUUUCACAACAAGAUAAUCUCGUUAAAUAUGUUGAUGAACUUAAUUCCGUUCUUGGAAAAGAAGGAAAAGUCACAGUUGAAAAUACAGAUAGAUUGAAAGAUGCAAAAUAUGGUAAAUCUACGUUUGAUUGUGUAAUAUCCAAUACUUUAGAACCAAAGUCAACUGUCCAUAGUUUAGAAUUAUUACAAGAAAUAGUAAAUAUUAUCAAGCCAGGUGGUCAAGUAGUAUUAAUUCAAAAACUAUCGUCUGAUACUUUUGAAACCAAAGAAAAAUUUUUGUUUAACCUAAAGACUGCCGGAUUGGUAGUAAACAAUGAUUCUGAUGUUAAAUUAAAUGAAUUAAAUGAAGUAACAGUAGUGUGCCGGAAACCAAAUUUUGAAUUAAAUUCAAGUGUAAAAUUAUCGUUUGCAAAAAAAGCUACUCCAGCAUCUGUUUGGAAAAUUGAUGAUACUGUUGAUGAUGAUAUUGAGACUAUCGAUCCAGAUUCAUUACUGGAUGAUGAAGAUUUCAAAAAACCAACACCUGAAUCUUUAAAAGUUUGUGGUACAACUGGAAAAAGAAAAGCUUGUAAGAAUUGUUCGUGUGGACUAGCCGAAGAACUGGAAGCUGAACAAACAGGCGGUGCUGUCAAGGAAGUUCUUAAAUCAUCCUGUGGCAGUUGCUAUUUAGGAGAUGCAUUCCGUUGUGCUACGUGUCCUUAUUUAGGAAUGCCAGCAUUCAAACCUGGUGAAAAAAUUCUACUUAGUGAUACACAAAUGAAAUCAGAUGUUUAAUUAUUAAUUAAUUAAUUUAAAAUUUUAUAGAAUUCUUUUAU